ACUCUGAAUUUGGGAUGGGGGUGUGGACAGAGAAUCCUGGAGAGGGAAUUCUCCACACCUUCCUCAAUUCCUUUCUUGUCCUUUGGCCCCACUGACUCUUGGGGGGUUGUGGUGGGGAGAAGGCGGUUUAUUGCCCUCCUUUCCCCAACAGAAUUUGCUUCCUAGGAAUGCCUUGAGACACCUCUAUUUCCAGCUAGCCACAGGACCUCUUAUUUCUCAGUGGCCUUCCACACUGUGCUAGACCCUUACUAACACACAGAUACCUUGUGGGGGCCAUGUUUUCUGCACUGAGUCGGUGUGCCUUUGACAUGUUUAAUGGCUUGUGUGUGGCUAGGUUAUCCCUCUGCUAUCCAUGAGCUGUGGAGAAAUCAUGUUAUUUUCCAUCAGAAUUGCUCAUUCUCAUGUUAUGUUUAUGUCUCGUGUCCAGUCUUGACAUGUUCAAGUGUGUGAGUUUUCAUAUAUUGCAUCUAUUAUGUGGUUUCAUGUUUCUUGCACGUUUUAUGUUUAUGCAUGUUUACUUUAGUGUGUAAAGACUACCUUAUCUUGUUUCGGCUCACGUGUUAUGUCCAUGGUCCUGCUGUAUACAGUACUCUUCAUGGGUGGGAUCCUGUGACUUCACGGACUAGCACACACUCAUGUUGUGAUGGGAUUGGCCUCUUUGCUGUAUGUGUUUCACAGUCACGGUUCACACCACAAAUAAGCCUGUGACUUUGCAUGAUGCACUGAUGUGACACAACCAUAGCAUGUGUGCUUCUCAUUACAGAUAAUACAUAUGUCCUAAUUUUGUUGGCAGUAUAUUUUGUGAGCCCUGUGCUCAUUAACCGAUUUGGCACUCCAUUGUGUUUAUAAAUCCUUGGACAUUUCUGCUCUGGAGAGGGUCACUUUACAGCAUGCAGUAAAGAAAGUAACUGGGCCUCUGAGUCCCCAAAGAACCAUCCCAUAUGCCUUACUUUGCUGAUCUCUCUGGCCUGUGUCUCUUCAUGCACAUUAUCUCUCCGGUGUCUGUGUCCAUGGAGCUCAAUGCAUGCCACAGGGCAGUCCUGCCAUGCACAUUAUCUGUCCCUGACCCUGCACUGUUGGCAUGUAUUUGAUGACAGUAGCAUCUUUCCCCUGUGGCAUGUUGAUCCCCAUUCUGUAUGUUUCUCUUGUUGGGGAGAUGGUAGGUCCUUUCUUGAUUGUUGUCACUGCCUUCACCGUGGCCGUGUAUUCUAUGUGUAUAUUCAGAGUAAGUUACUAUUAGGCUUGGUGUGUUCAUUGCUUUCCUGGUGCCUUUUCUUUUCAUAGUUAAUAGUAGUUAAUAGUCCUCAAGAGGGUGGCUAUCUGAUUCGUGAUCAGAUAUAUGUCAUUAAUUAUGGCAGUGUGGAUAUGUAUCCAGCCUUAUAAUCUGUCCAGCAAAUGUUUGUUGAGCGCUUUCUCUGCCUCCUCCUUUCCUGGGCAUUGGGGAUAAGAUAGAGUCCCUGUCCUCAAGGUGCUUACAGACUAGGAAGGGAAACAAAAAUGUCAGAGAGCAGGUACACACAAUAUGGUGUCAAGAUCAGUGGUUUACAAACUCAUGUGCACAUCAGACUCACCUGGAGGGCUUGUUAAACUACAGAUUAGUGAAUUCCUGAUUCAGGAGAUCUGGAUGAGGUCCAAGAAUUCUCAUUUCUACACUUUGAGAACUUGUAGUCAAGAUAAAAUUGUAAAGAAAACUCAGGCUCCAGGGAAUUCAGGAAGACUUCCAAAAAGUGACACUGAGCUGUGUGAAGCAAGAGAAGAAGAGGCGGAAGAGCGUUCCAGCCAAAGGGAACAGCACGUCACGGCACAGAAGCAUGACAGAUCACAGGGUGUCUAAGGAACCGAAGCAAAAAAAGCUUUUGUGGGGAUGCGGCCAAAGGCGUAAGCAGAAGUCAACUUAUCAAGAAGGGCCUUUAGGCAAGACAAGGAAAUGCUCAGAUUUGUGUUACAGAAAAAUCUCUAUGGUUGCUGUGUGGAAGAGGGGUUGGAGGGGAAGAGAUAGGCGCUGUUGUGAACUUGCCAGGGCAGUGGGAUGGAGCAGCCCAGAAAGCUGACUGCUUCAGAGCUGGCAGGGGCUCCUGUUUCCUCGGUUGCCUGUUACCUUCACCCUUGGCAGUGAGCUUACCUUUGAGCACAGACCUUCCUGUCAUUGGAAGGGAGUACCUGUGGCCUUGCUGAGAUUGACAGGUAUUUGCCAGAACACCCCUUUUGUGAUUGGGAGCCUGCCCCCAGCAGUGGGGCAGAGUGGAGGAAGGAGGAAGAGCCGAGAAGGCUGGUUCCUGCAUGACUGCACCUCUUCCUCCUGAGCUCGUUGCUCUCCCAGGGCAGGUGGUGUUAUGUCCCUUUUACUCUCUGCCCUCAUUUUUUCACUUGUUGAGGCCUCACACACAGUAUCUGCCUGACCAAAUUGCUUCCGGUGUUGUUGGAAGGGAGAGAAGGGAGCUGUAGGAUUUUUUUGCCUGCCUGUGGAGGCAGGAUUGGUAGCUGUAGCUACUCCUGGUGGCCAGAAUGGAGCUGUGGCCAGGGGCGUGGACGGUACUGCUGCUGCUCUUCCUGCUGCUGCUCUUCCUGCUGCCUACCCUGUGGUUCUGCAGCCCCAGUGCCAAGUACUUCUUCAAGAUGGCCUUCUACAAUGGCUGGAUCCUCUUUCUGGCUGUGCUCGCCAUCCCUGUGUGUGCCGUGCGAGGACGCAACGUCGAGAACAUGAAGAUCUUGCGUCUGAUGCUGCUCCACAUCAAAUACCUGUACGGGAUCCGAGUGGAGGUGCGAGGGGCUCACCACUUCCCUCCCUCACAACCCUACGUCGUUGUCUCCAACCACCAGAGCUCCCUCGACCUGCUUGGGAUGAUGGAGGUUCUGCCGGGCCGCUGCGUGCCCAUUGCCAAGCGUGAGCUACUGUGGGCUGGCUCUGCUGGUCUGGCCUGCUGGCUGGCAGGAGUCAUCUUCAUCGACCGGAAGCGCACUGGGGAUGCCAUCAGUGUCAUGUCUGAGGUUGCCCAGACACUGCUUACCCAGGACGUCCGGGUCUGGGUUUUCCCCGAGGGCACAAGAAACCACAAUGGCUCCAUGCUGCCCUUCAAACGCGGCGCCUUCCACCUUGCAGUGCAGGCCCAGGUUCCCAUUGUCCCCAUAGUCAUGUCCUCCUAUCAAGACUUCUACUGCAAGAAGGAGCGCCGCUUCACUUCGGGGCGAUGUCAGGUACGGGUGCUGCCCCCAGUGCCCACAGAAGGGCUGACACCAGAUGACGUUCCAGCUCUGGCUGACAGAGUCCGGCACUCCAUGCUGACCAUUUUCCGGGAAAUCUCCACUGAUGGCCGGGGUGGUGGUGACUAUCUGAAGAAGCCUGGAGGGAUGGGCGAGGCCCCGCUCUGAGUUCCCCUCCCAUCUACCCCUACGUUCCUCCCCACACCAUCAGCCCCAUGGGCCCUAAAGCAGGGCCAAGCCCUCUUCCCUGUUUUCCUUCUCCCCAUUUGUUCUCCUCUUUGGAAUCUUCAACUUCUGAACUUCUGAAGUGAAUGUGGAAACAGCACCGCUCCCUGCCCCUGCCCAGUUCCCCCUACAGACUCUCUUGCCUCGGUGCAGUCUCCACUCUGACCUUCACCUCCUGUGCCAUCUUGUCUGUGAAACGGUUGUCUCCCCUUCAUCUCCAGUGGCUCAGCCUACACAACGGUGGGAACACUUCAUCCUGUCCCCAGUGUCCCCUCUUCCUCUGUGGUCUUCUCUCCUUCUCUACCCUACAUUCUAUGGAACAAUCCCCCCGACCCCAAGUCCAUGGAUUCAAUGGACUCAAUCGUUUGUGAGGAGGAAGACUCAUGCUGCGGCUGGAAGCUGACGCCUGGAACAAUCCUCCCAGGCUCAUCCUCGGCACCUUCACCCUCCCUCCCCUGGAGCCUCCUGUCAGUGGAGGCUGGACUCUUCUCACUCAGAGGUCUCAUCCCUGCCCAUGCCCAGGUGCCCAGGGUUGAGCACACUCUUGGAUGCCAGUUUGGUCCAUAUUUCUGCUUUCUCCUAUCCCCGUGGUACAGUUCUUCAGUGGUCCUGGCCACACCCAGCCCCCUGCAGCCCUGCUGUACCAUUCUAAGCAGACACAAGGGGAGAGGCAGACCUCAGGUGCUGCACUCACUUCUGCUCCUUGGGGAGUUGGGAAAAGGAACUGAACCCUGGCUGGAGGGGAUGGGAGGGCUUUUAAUUUAUUUUUCUUUCUUUUGAGGCUGCCCCUCUCUGAGCCAGUUUUCAUUUCCUCCCUGUGGCAUUAGCCUCUCCCUGCCUCCCACCCAGACGUGUGCCCACAACCGGGGAGGUGGGCUGGAGCAAAAGGAGAGGGUGGGAGCCAGUUUUGCGUGGUUGGUUUUUAUUAAUUAUCUGGCUAACAGCAAGAAACCAAGAAUAAAGAUUGAGAGAGAGA